AUGAAUGAAAGAAAGCAACGUAACCAUGCCAUCAUCAUUGGCGGUUCUAUCGGUGGUAUGGUUACAGCUGCAUAUUUGUCAAAAUAUUUCAAACGAAUAACUAUCAUUGAAUCAGAUGAUGUAUUGAACGAUAAAUUGAUGCAGUCAACACCAGAACAACUGUUAGACUAUCGUUGUCUACUAGAAAAUGCCAGUUCUCUGGGUCGCACAGGCGUUGGACAAAUAUUACAAUUUCAUGUAAUUGAAACUGAAGCAUAUAACAUAUUAUUUAACUGUUAUCCGGAAUUAAAAGAUAAACUAAUUAACGUUUAUGGUGCACGUAUUUGUUCAUUAAAACAUGAGAUGAAAUUUGUUGUUAAUGAGGCAUUACUUAGCCAAGAUUUAACCGAGGACUUCGAUUGGAUUGGUAUUGAUCGAUUUACACUGGAAACUGUAUUGAGAAGAGAAUUAGGCUUGCAAUUUAAUGAUACUAAUCAAAUUGAAUGGAAAUGUAAUAGCCGCGUAUCACAGUUGUUAGUAGAUGCUGAAUCAAAUACAGUCUUGGGCGUGAAAUACCGAUCGAAAAACGUUGAUGAGUCCCAGUUCGAAUUGUAUGGAGAUUUUAUUGUUGAUUGUACUGGACGGCUUUCGUCUUCUACUAAAUGGUUAAAAGAAUCACUGAAUUUAAUUGUACCUACUGAACAAAUACAUUUCGGUCUCGGUUAUGUUACGUUUAUAGGUGAACGUUUUAAAACCGGCAGACCAGAACUGGAUUCAGCUCAUUUGAUUGGUGAUGCAACCUAUACUCCACAUCAUAAUAAAGCGUUUGGUACAUCCGCCGUACGUCAAAUAAAGACUAUGGAUGAAAAUUCAUUAGGUACAUUAUCAAACGUUCUGAUUUAUUGUAUUAACUCUGAAUAUCCUCCGAAUGAUUCGUAUGACAGUGUGCUAGAAUGGGCUAAAGAAUAUCUUCAUCCUGAUUAUUAUUUAAUACUGAAAUCAACGAAACCUGCAGGGCCCCUCGUUCCUUAUCGACGAGCAAUUAAUGAUCGAAAAUAUGUUGAAAAAUUAGGUAAGAAGUGGCCUAGAAACUAUAUUCUAUUGGGAGAUGCAAUGUGCGCAUUUAAUCCUCAAUACGGUCAAGGUAUAGCACACACAUGUCGUCAAGCCCGCCUCUUAGGCCAAAUAUUUGAACAAAAUCGUUGUAGACUAUCGGAUAUUUCGCAUGUUUAUAAUCGUCGUGCCUCAGCCAUUAGCGAAGAAUGUUGGAUGAUUUCAACAACAAACGAUUGGGCAACUCCAAAUUUAAAAGUUGUGAAAACCGAUUCCAGUGGUGUAAUAAGAACGUAUCAAAGAGGUGGUGAAAAAGUUCAUCCAUCACCUAAAGUUCCACUAUUAAUUAAAUUUCUACAAUGGUAUAAUUACUGGUUCUUCCAGUGCGCUUCGAAGUCAGGCGAAUUAGCUACGGAUUUUAUACAUGUUAUGAACCAAGAAAAAGGACCGUUUUUGUUGAUGAAACCAAAAGCGAUUUUGAAAGUUAUUUAUGCCUCAUUAUUACACAACUAUUCCAAGAGUUAA